AUGUUCACCGUUGCCGCCAUCCCGGCGUCCUUCGUGAUGGGGCCCGCCCUGCUCAACUGGAUGCGCGAGCCCUGCCUGUCCCGGGAGGCGGAGUGCGCGCAGCGCGCGGCCGUCUGGGCGCAGCGCGAGGCCGUCGUCCUCGCCUUCAUCAUGCUCGCCUCCACGCUGCUGCUGUCCCUGACCGGCAUGUGGCUGACGGUGAGGCAGAACGGCCUGGUGACGCUCGGUGUGCUGGUCCUCAUCGUGUCGAGCUUCUCCCUGAUGCUGAACCCCGUGAUCGCCAAGGUCAACGCCUUCGGUCUGCUCCAGGCCGCCAUGCAGUUGUCACUCAGCAGCGCGAGUUUCUACUUCAUGCUGGACGACGAGAAGGAGUACCCAGACGGCCCCCACUUCUCGGUGACGUUCUACAGCAUGGUUCUGCCUGUCUGUGGGAACGCGUUCUCAGUGCUCGGCAUCUGGCUCUACAACAGGUUCUCACACACGUGGAGCUAUCAGAGGAUGUAUGUGGUGGGGAAUCUGGUCGGUUGUGUCGCGAACGUGCUCGACGUGUUCUUCUACCUCCGCAUAAACAAGAUGGCAGGCAUCCCGGACACCGUGUUCGUACUCGGCAGCAGCGGGUUGCAGGACACGAUGCGGGAGUGGCUGUGGAUGCCUGGCGUGGUGCUGAUCAGCCACAUGUGCCCCAGGGGCAUGGAGGCGAUCAUGUUCGCUAACCUCGCCGGCUGUCACAACCUUGGGUACACGGCCUCCAUCAAUUUGGGAGCGUGGAUGCUCGAGUCGCUUCAGAUUCAGCCCGCCGGGGUCGCCGGGGAGAGGCACCAGUUCGACAACUUGUGGGUUGCCUCUAUGGUCUCCACGCUGCUGCCGCUCGUCCUGGUGGUCUUUGUGCCGUGGUUCAUCCCCAACAAGUUGAGCACCGAGCCCAUCUUCGAGGACCAGGAUGCCAUCUCCGCGACCGGCGGCUCCCUGCUGAGGCAGCUCACGGGCUGGGGCUCACCUCCUCGGGGGCCCUGGGCGGCGGCCGAGGAGCCGGCCGGCGAGCCCGAGCCGGCUGGCGAGCCCGAGCCGGGGGCUGGGCCCCUUGGCGGGGCGGCGGGGUCUAUACCCAGACGCCAUUCUGGUCGUGAGGAACUGCGAGUCGCGGGGAAAUCGCUAUAG